CUGACAUCGCUCCAUAAAUAUUGAAGCCCAGAUCUGUUUUGAAACAGGCAGAGAACUUUAGAGUGCCGUAGAGACCGUUCAGUACACAGCCAGAGAUGCAGAACGCGCCUGGCCUUGAACCACACUGUCCAGAUCUCAGUGGCUGGUGGUCAUUGGGCUUCUGGAGGGCAAGGAACUUUCGGACCACUCCCUGAGGACCCAGGGCGCCCCCAGAGCCAGGGCAUUGGAACCCGGAACAGAGGGCCGGGAAGCAGAGACGUGCAGGCUUCCAGCGGCGGCAGCGGCGCCCCGAGUCCUUCGCCCUCGGGUCCGCCUCGAGGGCCGGUCGAGCCCGUCCCGGAGCCCCGCCCGAGCCGCGGCGCGCAGGACGCGGGGCCGAGGCGCAUGGGUGCUGGCAGCCCGGCCCCGGCUUCCUCGGCCGUCGGCCCCGCGCCCGCCGCCCCCGCAACGCCGCCAGUUCGCCCCGCGCCCGCCGACGUGCGCCUGAGGAGCUUCCCCCGCUCCGCGCUCGGGCCCGGCCGGGCAUGGCCGCGCCGAGAGCGUCGGCUCGCGUCUGGGGGUGGCUGCUGCUCGGCGGCUGCGUCCUCGCCGGAGCCCAAAUUCUGGGAAUGCAGUGUUGGAGACACCAGGUGAAUUCAUGAAGCCCCAAUCCUAUAUAAAGAAGAAUAUAUGAAAAGCCACUUUAUUUUGACCAUGCGAGAUCUGAAGCAGAGGAACUGGCUGAGCCCACCCAUCCUUCUGACCUACACAACUAUGAAAUAAUCAAUUUGUGUUAUUUGAAAUCGCUAAAUUUGUGGUGACUUGUUAUAGCAGCAAUGGAAAACUAAUACAUUCUAUUUGUUAUAAUAUUUUUUCCCUUUCCAGGAUGAUAACCUGCCCAUUUUCAAGUGGGAACAGCAUAAAUGAUUUAUGUUUCUCUGCUUUGCCUAGAUUUCUGAAUUCAGUUAUUCAAUUGAAAGCCUUUUAGGCAUGUUGUGAAAAGCUGGAUUUUACUUUAUAAACAGAGACU